AUGUCUUUAUCACAAUCAGAGACGGAGACGCUCCUACCGUCUGAGGUCUUUUCCCAUCACCUCGACUCGGCAGACCAGGACAGGCCUGUCAAAGUCGACGACUUCAAGAGGAACGUCAAGAUCUGCAAGGCUGUUCUCGGCUUGGUUCUCCCUGUGACGUUGGCUCUGGAGAUAUGGAACUUGGUCUUGUCGUCCGGAGAGCUCGCUGGGCUGGAGACGCGUGACCGGGCCAUCAAGGCUGCGAUAGUGGGGCAGGUAUGGAUUGAUGGCCUGGGGACGGCAGCUAUUACUUGCUUGGCCUUCUUAUACGUCGCAGCCCUCUUCAGAACCAUCACCAUCCGAACCCUCAGCCUCACUCCCGAAAUCCAACACGCAUCCCUCCACCGCGCUCUCUGCCAGCUCGGCUUCAGCAGCACCCUAUUCCUCAUAGGCCUCCAUGCCGUGCCCGGUAUCGCAUACACCAUCAUCACCCACCUCUCUCCUCCCACCCUCUCUGCGGCCCAUGGCACGUUACUCCGGCAUCUGCGUACCGCUGCCCUUGUAGCCACGCUCUUGGCUGUAGGGCUCAUGCGCAGGGGACCGAAAUUGUAUUUCCCCCCGCCUCGCUUGGGGACGGGAUUCGGGCUGAGUAACGAAAAGGAGGAGAAGGAGGACGAAGCGGGGGAAGAUGAGAGGGUGGUGAUCAAGUUGACGCCAGCGGCGGAGGAGGCGGACCCUUUGGCGUCUGCGGUCACUAUAGGCCAGCAGCAGCAUGCGAUCCCUUCAGAGCCGGCGAGUAAUGUCUUUGAUUAUGACAAUUCGGCUAUGCUUGUCUUUGUCGUGAUUGGUUAUAUGGCCCCGCUUGCGGUCCGCUCGGCGUAUGUCGACAGUCUACAACAAUCGGAUCUCCCGAUGCUUGAAGACAGGACACGCAACAGCGGGAUCGAUGAUUCAGUCUUUAGCGCGGAUCGUAAAGAUGAAGCAUUCAUCCCGGAGAACAAGAUAGGGAGUUGGCAGUUGGUCAAGCUCUUAUGGGCAGGCAAGGGUUGGACCGUGUUCAUCUCGUUUGCUUUGGAAACGACAAGAAACUUGAUCAGCUUCAUCCAAAUCGCGGCUAUGCACGAGAUCAUCGACUCUUUCAAUCAGCCCGCCGGGUCUGAUAAGAGUUAUGCGUAUCUGAUGUGUUGGGCUUUGUUCUUUGGGCAAGUGAUCAAUGUUUUGCUCUCAGCAUAUUGUUGCGUGAGAGAGAAUUACAUGCUGCACGUACCGGUCCGAAUGUCCCUAAGUUCCAUGGCAAUCCUCCGAACCACCGAUGCCAAAGCCCUUGAAGCCCACAACGUCGACGUCGACGACAAAACCCAAGACAACCGCGGCCGAAGUCAGGUCAUGAACUUGCUUUCUAUAGAUGCCAAUACUGUUGCUUCUUUGGCUACUCGUCUUUGGGAUUUCGCUAACGGUAUGACUACUUUGGUUAUUGGUACGGGAAUGCUCUACAAGCUGUUCGGCGUUAGUGCGUUUGUGGGUAUCGUAUGCGUCCCUCUAUCGACCCCUCUUUCAUGGCUGGUUUCAAAGUUGAUCUAUAAGUGUGAUAAAGAAUGGAUGCGAGCUAGAGAUGCUCGUACCGGCGCUCUGAAAGAGUUCCUUCUCGGUAUCAAAGUGAUCAAACUCAACGCUUGGGAGCCUUAUUUCGGUGCGCGUGUUGCCAAACUACGAGCACACGAAGUCAAAUGGCAGAGGUGGAGGUUCACUCUCGGUACCGCUUUCAACGUUCUAGCAGACCAGCUUCCUGUCCUCUCUCUUCUGAUUACUUUUUGGUUCCAUACGAAGGUCAUGGGAAACUCUUUGGAUGCUGCUACUGCAUUCGUCGCUUUGAGCAUCUUUGGUCGUGUAAAGGACGGCCUCCAAGCCUUCCCCCAAGUCCUCCAAAACAUCCUCACAAGCAGAGUCUGUCUCGGACGUCUCUCGCGCUUCCUCAGCCAGCCCGAAAUCGACGCCGACAGAUGGCAAAACGCUUCUCGCCGUAUCUCCGCCAACGGCGCUACUAUAACAUGGCCGGCUGCUGAUGGUAUCAAGGUGGAGGAGAGCGGGAGGUUCAAGCUGAGGGAUGUGGAUUUGAGAAUACCGGAGGGGAAGUUGAGUGUUUUGUGUGGACCACGUGGAGCGGGUAAGACGUUGUUGUUGAGAGCAUUCUUGGGUGAAGCCAAGGUGGAAAAUGGCACUGUAUUCGCACCCCGAUCACUCCCCGACGCCACUCCCGUCCUCUCUGAGGAAGAGUCUACCUGCAUCCAAUGGACUACCGAAAUGUGGCUCAACGACUCUGUUGCGUAUGCUCCUCAGCAGAGCUUCAUUCGCCAUGGUACCAUCAGAGACAAUAUUCUGUUUGGUCAGCCGAUGUGGGAGGAGAGGUAUAGAGAGGCUAUGAGGCAGGCGGCGCUGAUGGCGGAUCUGGACAUGUUUGGUGAUGGCGACUUGACUGAGGUCGGCGAGAAUGGUGUAACCUUGAGUGGCGGCCAGAAAGCCCGAGUGAAUCUCGCUCGCUGCCUAUAUUCUCGAGCUUCCACAAUCUACCUCGACGAUAUCCUCUCCGCCGUCGACGCGCACACAGCACAGUACAUCUUUGCCGAGUGUCUUCAAGGCGGUCUCCUCGAGAACCGUACCACAAUCCUCGUCACACACCACGUCCGACUUGUUCUCCCCGCUGCGGCAUACAUUAUCUCCCUCACCAAAGACGGCAAGGUAGACCAAGCCUGUUCAACCUCGGAUGUGAAGCUCGGAGAGCUAGAGCUAGAGGAUCCACCUACAUCCCCUAGCAACGACGAGGAUCUAAAUACUCGUUCCAACCCUCAGCGUAAACUGUCCGUCAAACAAUCAGACAAACAGGCCCAAUCACAAGACGUUUUCAAGAUCCCCCGAGCCUCUCGCCAGCUCUACCGAGAAGAGCACCGAGAGGUCGGUCGCGUGUCUCGAAACCACUACUUCCUCAUCUUCCGCGCCGCUGGUGGUAAGGGCUACUGGACCUCCCUCUUCCUCAUCUUCGGAGGCCUCAGGGCCAUCACCAUCUGCAGAAGCUUUUGGCUUGAGCACUGGUCUGCUGAUCCUUCGCCCGAACACCUGAAUUACAACCUGGCUAUCUACACCAUCAUUGUCUUUUUCAGUAUAUCUGUUGGCGCUUUUAGGUGGAUCUGGUUGUACGGGGUCAAGAAUGUUGGAUUCUACUCGAGAGGUAGUAGGCUCAUCCACGAUGUGGUCAUGGAGAGGUUGUUCUCGGCGCCAUUGCAAUUCUUCGAGACGACCCCUCAGGGGAGGAUUUUGAAUGUGUUUGGGCAAGAUAUAUGGAGGUUGGACAGCAAUUCGGCGGAUGCUUUCGGCCGUGACUCCCGUAAGUCUAUGAGGCCGCGUGAAAUUCUAUCGCUCAUCAUCGUGUGUCAGGCCGUAGCUCUGAUAACUCUUAUCUUCGGCAUACCUCUCUACUGGGUCAGCGGCCAUGUCAACAAAUUGCGAUCUGAUAUCCGACGCCUUACUGCCACGGCCUCCUCCCCCCUAUACUCGCUAUACAAUGAGGCCAUUGAUGGUGUCGUGAUGGUUCGGGCGUUCGGGCAAAACAAGCUACUGAUGGCUACUAUGAAGACACUGAACAACAGGGAGAGGGUGGCGUGGGUGGCGAACUGGUGGGUGAGCGCUAUGGUCAGGUCGGUGACGAGUGUUGUCAUCACUGCUACUGGCUUGUUGCUGGUAGGGCAAAACAUCUCUGCCUCUCAAGCAGGUUUGAUAUUGAGUUUUGCUUCGCUCGUGUCUUCCGGGCUAUUCAACCUCAUGGAACAGUAUUCUCAGUUGGAGCAGACGUUUGUCAGCGCUGAGCGAGUCAACUACUACAUCAACAUGCCUGAUCACGAAACAGAAGAAGGAGCUAUGCCGCCGAAAGAAUGGCCCACGAGUGGAAAGAUCGAGGUACAGGAUCUCAGUGUGCGAUACGCCUCCGACCUUCCCACAGUCCUCAACAACGUUUCGUUUUCUAUCGAGCCCGGACAUCGAGUGGGUCUCGUAGGGGCGACAGGCUCCGGCAAGUCUACUUUGGCCCUGGCCUUGUUCAGAGCUGUUGGCGAGCAAGAAGGCCGGAUCCUCAUCGAUGGUGUCGAUACUUCCACUGUCUUGUUACCCGAGUUGAGAAAGAGGCUGAACAUGGUCGCCCAAGAUGGGAUCCUGUGUUCUGGAAGCUUGAGGGAGUCAUUGGACGUCACUGGUCAACGAACCGAUUCCGAAAUAUACGAGGCUCUUCGCAAAGUCCACCUCAUUUCUGGAGAUAUGACUGAAGCGGAGACCCAGGAGAACCCCUUCACUGACCUCGACACCUAUGUCGCCAUUGAAGGAGCAAACUUCAGCCAAGGUCAACGUCAAUUGCUUUGUCUCGCACGAGCGUUACUGAAGGACUCCAAAAUCUUGGUCAUGGACGAAGCCACGUCCUCGGUCGACUUUGCCACGGAUGCCAAGAUCACGGCCACAAUCAAGGAAUGUUUCUCCGGCAUUACGAUGCUCGUUAUCGCCCAUCGUCUUGCGACGGUCAUGAGCUAUGACCGUAUCCUCGUUCUCGACAAGGGUCAAAUCGUGGAAGAAGGCAAGCCCGAAGAUCUCAUUCGCGAUCAUACAUCACGAUUCUAUGGCCUCUGUAUGGCCCAAGGAAUCGAGGAGUACAACUCACUGUUGGCUAUGGUGUCCGGGGAAGAGCUGAAUUAG